GUCGCUACCAGACCAAAACGUAAGGCAAGACAAAUCUUGACCUGACGAGGAAAAGGUGCGGGUAGGAGGUUUCGCGUGCUGAGCAAGUAGCUUCCUGAUCUCUCCAAGUACAAAGCCUUCAAACAAAAACCAGCAAAGCUAGAGUUCGGAGCUUCCUCUUCCUCUCCAUCUUCAGCCCGAAGGAGAAAAAGAAGAAGAAGAAGAAGCGAAACCAUGACGACCGCAUUUGAAUUGGGGUCUCACCUCGGCUCGGUCGCAGCCGGGCUGAUGUUCGCCUGGGCCUUGUUCAAGCAAUACUUCCCUCCCCAGCUCCGGGCGUACAUCGAGGGCUACGCUCACAAGGCCAUCGGCCACGCCUACCCAUACAUCCAGAUCACGUUCCCGGAGAUCUCGGGAGAGCGGCUCGAGCGGUGCGAGGCCUACUCCGCGAUCCAGAACUACCUGAGUGCAAGCGCUUCGGCUAGGGCCACGCGGCUCAAGGCCGAGUCUGUCAAGGACAGCAAGUCGCUGGUCCUCAGCAUGGACGAGAACGAGGAGGUCGUUGACGAAUUUGAAGGGGUCAAGGUCUGGUGGUCGUCGAGCGUGGCCGUCUCCCGGAGCUCCAUGUUUUCGCUGCAACCUCCACCUGAAGAUAGAAGGCUUUAUAGGCUGACGUUCCACCGGAGCCACCGAGAGUUGAUCACCGGCUCUUACAUAAAGUACGUCCUGGUGAAGGGGAAGGCGGUGGCGGCGGAGAACCGGCAGCGGAAGCUCUUCACCAACAACCCUAGCUCGAACUGGUACUACUACAAGGCGAGCAAGUGGAGCCACGUGGCGUUUGAGCACCCCGCCACGUUUGACACCCUGGCCAUGGAGCCUAACAAAAAGAGUGAGAUUAUGAACGACCUCCUCAGAUUCCGCCGAGGGAAGGAGUACUAUGAGCGGAUUGGCAAGGCGUGGAAGCGCGGCUACCUUCUCUACGGCCCGCCAGGGACUGGCAAGUCAACGAUGAUUGCCGCGAUGGCCAACUUCCUCAACUACGAUGUGUACGACCUAGAGCUGACGACGGUCAAGGACAACACAGAGCUGAGGAAGCUGCUGAUCGAGACGUCUGCGAAGUCGAUCAUAGUGAUCGAGGAUAUUGACUGCUCCCUCGACCUGACUGGCCAGAGGAAGACAAAGAAGCGAGAGAAAGACGAUGAUGAAGAGAAAGUGGAUCCUGUCAAGAGAAUGGCCAAAGGCGGGGAAGAGAGCAAGGACAGCAAGGUCACGCUUUCCGGGCUCCUGAACUUCAUCGACGGGCUAUGGUCAGCGUGCGGGGGCGAGAGGAUCAUUGUUUUCACAACAAACUUCGUGGAGAGACUCGACCCGGCCCUAAUCAGGAGAGGGAGGAUGGACAAGCAUAUCGAGAUGUCGUAUUGCUGCUUCGAGUCGUUCAAGGUGCUUGCGAGGAAUUACUUGGGCGUCGAGUCGCACCCGCUGUUUGCGACGGUGAGGCGGUUGUUGGCGGAGACGAAGAUGACUCCAGCGGACGUGGCAGAGAACUUGAUGCCCAAGUCGGAUGACGAGGACGAGGAGGCUUGCUUGGAGGGAUUUAUCGAAGCACUCGAGAAGGCGAAAGAGGACGCCAGGAAGAAAUCAGAAGAAGAAGAAGAAGAAAAAGCAGCAGCAGCAGGAGAAGCAGAAGCAACAGCAGCUAGAGCAAUGACUAGGGAAGAAAGACAACUCAAAUUGAGUGGAGUGUAAGAGAAUGGCAUGCAUUGAUCAAGUUAUGACCUUAUCCAAUUGGAUUAGAAAUUCAAAGGACCAUGGGCCGUCCCACCUCAUCUGACUUAUCCGAUUGGAUUAGAUAAGAUGAUGUGACAUUUUAUUACUUAUGCUCUAAAUAAUUUUUGUGCUUAAAAAGGAUUUGCAAAUAUAAUAAGUUACAACUUCUUUGUUACUAAGUUAUUAAAAUAGACUAAAUAUGUUACUGAUAUAAAUUGUAGUUUCUCGCGA